AUGUCUGGUGCCAGGAACAUCUCUGCUGCUUUGCGGCGGGCGCGAGUGCCUCGCCCUCGCAUCGUCCUCCGACCCGCACUCCCCCAGACACCGCUGGCGACCGCCGCGCGCAGCUUCAGCGCCAGCUCUACCGUCCGAGCCGACAAGCAGAUCAAGUACACUAGCGACGCAUACCCCAACAUCAAGCGCGAUCCCAAGUUUGGGGAGCUUACCGCCGAGGAUGUCGCACACUUCAAGGAGCUUCUGGGCUCCCAAUCAGCCGUGGUCGACGGCGUGACCACCGAUGCGACGGACGAUCUCGAGCUCUUCAACAGCGACUGGAUGCGCAAGUACCGUGGCCACACACGACUGGUGUUGAAGCCUGGAAGCACGGAGGAGGUCAGUAAGGUGCUGAAAUACUGCAAUGAACGGAAGUUGGCUGUGGUGCCGCAGGGUGGUAACACUGGUCUGGUCGGUGGCUCCGUGCCCGUCUUCGACGAGAUCGUGAUCAACACCUCGCGUAUGAACAAUAUCCGCUCCUUCGACCAGGCUUCGGGCGUUCUGGUCGCGGACGCCGGUGUGAUCCUCGAGGUCGCGGACCAGUACCUCGCCGAGCGCGAUCACCUUUUCCCUCUGGACCUGGGUGCCAAGGGAUCGUGCCACAUCGGAGGCAACGUCUCUACCAAUGCGGGUGGUUUGCGCCUGAUGCGCUACGGUAGCUUGCACGGAAGCGUGCUGGGUCUCGAAGCGGUCCUGCCGGACGGGACCAUCGUCGACGCUCUCUCCACCCUGCGGAAGAACAACACUGGCUACGACUUGAAGCAGCUGUUCAUUGGCUCCGAAGGCACCAUUGGUCUUAUUACUGGGGUCUCCAUCAUCUGUCCCUCACGCCCCAAGGCCGUGAAUGUUGCCUACUUUGGACUGGAGAGCUUCGAGCAGGUCCAGCAGGCUUACCUCCAGGCCAAGGGCCAACUGUCUGAGAUCCUGUCUGCCUUUGAGCUGAUGGAUGGGCGCAGCCAGGCCUUGGUGCAUGAGUCUGCUGGCAUGAAGUACCCUCUCGAAGGUGAAUACCCCUUCUACUGUCUGAUUGAGACCAGUGGCUCCAACGCCGAGCACGACAUGGCCAAGCUGGAGACAUUCCUUGAGAACGUCAUGGGCAAAGGCAUCGUCGCUGACGGUGUAUUGGCUCAGGAUGAAACCCAGUUUCAUGCUCUUUGGCGCUGGCGCGAAGGUAUUACCGAGGCCCUGAGCCACCUGGGUGGCACUUACAAGUACGAUGUGUCGAUUCCCCUGUCCGAUCUGUACCAGCUGGUGGAGGACUGCAAGGCACGUCUGACCGAGAAGGGAUUCGUCGGUGAUGAUGACUCUUUCCCUGUUCGUGCUGUUGUUGGUUACGGCCAUAUGGGUGACUCCAAUUUGCACCUGAACGUUGCCGUGCGUCAAUACAACAAGGAGGUGGAGAAGGCUAUCGAGCCUUGGGUGUAUGAGUGGAUCCAGAAGCGCCAGGGCAGUAUUAGUGCUGAGCACGGACUGGGUAUUGCCAAGCGGGAGUUUAUCGGAUAUAGCCAGAACGAGACCAUGGUGAAGUUGAUGAAGCAGUUGAAGGCUCUCUACGAUCCGAACGGUAUUAUGAACCCGUACAAGUACAUCUAG